AUGGCUCCCAAGAAGAAGGUAGAAGAAGUGAAAAAGGUCAAAUUUGGUCGACCUGGGAACACCCUUCGUAUGGGUCUCGUCGGACUGCCGAAUGUUGGCAAAUCUACGACUUUCAACGUCCUCACUAAGUGUUCGAUCCCAGCUGAAAACUUCCCCUUCUGCACCAUCGACCCUCAUGAGGCUGUUGUCAAUGUCCCUGAUGAUAGGUAG